AUGUCGAUCCCUUCACCAAAUUUGCUGAACGAGUACCACAGUGUGAUGCUUUGGCACACAUGCACUCAAAUACAAACUAUCAUUGAUUCUCAAGCAAUUGAAUAUCCCGAUAUCUCCACGGAGACUCCAACUGUUCGUAUUGGCGACGGUGGAAUGAUCGCAAACACGCCAAUCAACGAAAAUCGGCCCAAAUUUGACAGCGCAUACGAAGACUCUAACCUGGAUUCAACUAGGGUUUUUGGAAACGUUGCCAAUAUUAAUGACAAUUCUGUUUUGAUAAUGUCCAUGACCACUGGGUACGAGGUUUUCACUGUCAACAGCAAAGUCGGCCUGUCCCUGACAUCUGUCAGCGCUGAGUAA